ACCAGGAUACAUGCAGGCCGGGAGAGAGAUCCAUGGCCAGAGAGCCCCAAAUCCUGCGAGCCCCAGAGAGGCAGUGCCUUCCCAACCCUAAAAUCCGAAGGAGAUAAAGAAACUCCAAGAAAACAGAGAGCCCUCCCAAGUUCACCACUCCUCCUUCUCUCUCUCUCUCUCUCUCGAUAAAAUUUCCCUUCCAAUUCCCCUAGAGCAGGAUAAAACCACCGUGGGAACCCCUCGCCUCCCCUCUUAUUUCCCUCCAUCCCCGAGAGGAACGCCAACCGCCGCUCCCCUCUAAACCCAACUGUAGCAAAAGAAAAACGGACAUCGAGAGAAGCAUAAAAAGAAGAGAUUGAGAUAGAGAUUUAUUAGAAUUAGAGGAGGAAGAGAAGGCAUAUAGAAAGAGAUAAGAAGAGAAGAAUCCGAGAAAGAGUGGAACUCUCCAUUCCCUCCGCCGCAAGUCUCUCUUCGCUCUAUAAUACCAUCGCAUCCCAUCUAAAUUCUAAUCCCUCCUUCCCUUCUAUUGAAGCACGGGUCUUAUUGCAAACGUGAAACCCCCCCGCCGGAAUCGAAGCGAGGGUUAGGGUUUCUCCAACCACCUUCUCUCUUCGCCUCUACUUCGACUCGACCAUUGCUCCCUCCCUAGGGUUUCUCCAAAAGUCGCUGGGUUUUUUCUCGACUCUCGGUCGCUGGUUGCUCUGAUCCUAGGGUUUCAUUUCGGCUCCAAUCUUCCCUGAAUGACCCCUUGGAUGGGAUUAGGGUUCUUAUUCUCUCUUCCUGUUCUUCUUCACUCUUCCCAUCUUCUUUGGUUCGAUUUCUGAACGAUUUUUUCUUUUCGUUCGUUCUCUCUAUCUUUUGUGGGGAUGAGGGUCUUUUGAGGGCGUCCGUAGCUUUUUUUCCUCCCCACGAAUUAGGGCUCAUUUUUGUGAUGACGAUACUUUGAUUGAUUGGAUUUCUUGGUGUGAAACGCGGGCGUGUCUGAUUCGUUCGGGUGCCAGUUGGAGAUGGACACUUGUCUUCUGCUGCAUUCUUGAAGCCGUCCGAGGGAUUUGGAUUUUGGGCGCUGAGAGAAAUCUCUUGCUUUUUUUUUUUAAGGCGUGUGUGUGUGGAAGAAUACAACGGCGGGGGUGGCUUCGGUGUCCCAAGUGGAUGCCGGGUCCUGGCCUCCAUUGGCCCAGCUGGGGCUCGUCCUUCCUCCAAGGCUGAGUAGGGUUUUGAGCGGCUUCUGGUGUUGUACAUGCACGAUGAUUAGAAUUUAGUUUGGAGGUUGGAUUAUGGAAGGUGGAGGGUAGAUUGACAGUGUGCAGAUAUAGCAAAUUUUAAUGGUCAGAUGAUGGUCUGUAUUCGUUAUGGAGCGAGGUGAGCCGACAUUUGUUCCCGAGUGGUAUAAAAGUUCUACAAGCAGUGCAAGUGGAAGUAGCAGUGCAAACCACCAUUCUGGAUCUUCAUCGCAUUUGGAUGAACACAGAGUUGGACAUGCCUCAAGAAACAGAUUGUUGUUGAGUGUGAGUGAGCAUGAUGCUCCUCGAUCUUCUGUACUUCUGGAUAGAAGCUCAUUGUCUUUUCGCAGGAGUGCAAGCAGUAAUGGGUCCAUGAGCCAUGAUAAGGAUAGCCCUUUGCACUCACGCACUUAUGGUAGUUUUGGUAGGUGCCAUCGUGAUAGGGAUCGGGAGAAGGAUAUCGACCUUCGUGACAGAGAUAGGUCCCAUUUGGCGGACAACGGGUUCUGUGAUUAUUCUGAUUCAUUCAUGGGAAGUAGGUCUGGGAAAGACACUCUGAGGCGCUCCCACUCUAUGGUAUCAGGAAAACAAGUUGAGUCUUUGCCUAGAAGACUGGGGAAUGAUUUGAAAAAUGGUAUAUUAUCUGGGGCGAGUAUUAUCAGUGGCAUCAGUAAAACUUCUUUUGAGAGAGACUUUCCAUCUCUUGGGGCUGAAGAAAAGCCAGGGCCUCCAGAAAUAGGCAGGGUGUCUUCUCCUGGUCUUAGCUCUGCCAUUCAAAACCUUCCCAAAGGGAUUGGUGGUAAUGGUUGGACCUCAGCUCUGGUAGACAUUCCCAUGAAAGUUGGAGGCAAUGGACCAGUGCCUUCUUCCACUUCACAGACUUCUGCAACUCCGGGAUCUAAUGCUUCGAGCAGUAGUACAGGGUUAAACAUGGCUGAGACACUGGCUCAGGCACCUUCACGAUUAUCCGUUGACACCCAGAGGAUUGAGGAACGGACUCGUAUACAAUACAGCAAGCUGAUACCUGUGACUCCUUCAACGACUAAAAGCUUGGCUCUCAGCUCUUCAGAGAAGUCAAAAACCAAAGGAGUGAGAAGCGGAGAUCUCAGUGGUGCUUCCAAAGUUGGGCAGCAGUCAUCUCAAUUUGUCAAUCUCACCCUCCGUGCACCUGCUAGAACAGAUACCCAAAAGGUAUCUCAGGUUGGGAAUUUCCAAGUCCUCAACCGUGAGAGAAAUGGCAUAUCUCCUACUGCCAAAGAUGCCCCAAGUCUAAUGAAUCCCAGCAGAGUUGCAACCCCACUCAGCGGUGUUCAGACAACUUCAAUUCCUGCACCCAAGAGCCCUGUUAAACCGAAGCUAAAAGCAGACAGCAAGGCCGGUUCUCCAUCUUCUACUCACAGUUCCUUUGGGGAAAAAAGGCCUACUUCUCAGGCUCAGAAUCGUAAUGAUUUCUUCAAUUUCAUUCGGAAGAAAACACCUGCGAACCAUUCAGCUGAUCUUCCUGAGCCAAGCUGUGUUGCAUCAUCCUGUUCGGCAAAGUUGGGUGAGCAGAUCACAGGCACUUCCACUUCUGUUAAUAAAGAACAGGGCAGUUCUGCAUCUUGUUUUGAUUCGGAGCGCCCGGUGGAGAAUGGGGAUGGUGUGACUGAAUGUGGUGGCGAUGCUUGUGAAUUGCCUAGCAGGGCUCAUCCUGACAAUGACGAGAGAAGUUCAUCUUCAGUCCCUGUUGUCCCAGAUUCUGGUCCUGGCAAUGUAGGAGAGAGUUCUUCAGGCCCUGUUCUUGCCCCAGUAUUUGCACCUGACAAUGUUGAUGAUUGUCCAUCUUCAGACCCUCUUGUUGUACCAAGCGAGGAAGAAUUAGACUUACUGCGACGACUUGGAUGGGAUGAAAAUGCGGAGGGAGAUGCUCUAACACCUGAGGAGAUUAAUGAUUUUGUCCGUCAGCAUGAGGCUCGGAUAACAUCUUUAAGGACAGGCCAGCGUGAGAUUCGGCCAUUGAGGAUGGUGCUUCCUGAUACUGGUCAGAGUGGUGUAGCUGGCAAUCGUCUCGAUUGAACUCAUUUGAGAGGCGGAAGUGCGAUUUUGCUGAACAACCACCGCUUCCAUAUCUGAGAGGGCUCUUGUUUUUGCAGUCAAGAGGUUUUUUGAUUGACAUCAGGAGGAUUUGGAGUGCCGGGAAGAGUGUUCAUGGAAAUCUGCAAGGUUGAAAGAAAAGGAAGCUGUUUUUUCCCCUCUUGCUUCGAAAAAGAGAUGUGACAUGCGAAAUAAGAUGCAUUGCUACAAUCCUCAAACUCAUCGUGCUGUCCUGCCAUACUCUUGAGUGCUUUCUCAUUGAAGCCUUCUCCCUUUCGAUUUUGUUGGAUCAAUUGGGGGUUUAACAGGAAGGUAGAUAGGGUUACCAGGGUACAAAAAAAUUGCACAGUCCGGAAAGUUCAGAGCUUUUUUUGACCUUUUUGUCUUUUGUUUUAUUUUCUAUACUUUUUGCUAAUAUUCAAAGGAAGAUUGUGGUGCUUAGUCAUUGCAAGGAAAAACGAUCAUUUUUAUUGACCUGGAUCCGCUUUUACAUGAAGGAAUGCGGCAGAGGUGUUUAUUGUAUCUGGAUGCACCGAAACGAAGCUCGUUAGUACGAAACGGUCGAUUAUCUCUCUUUGUUGUGUUGGUAGGGAAACAAAGGGCCCAGGCUUCAGGCCCUUUUGCUAGAGCUUCUACCGUGGACUAUACCUGUCUUUAUGUGGCUGUUGUGAACAGCUACAGCUUUGUAAUGGGCUUUGAACCCUUGAAUGAUUGCAAACUACUAUUGCUUUGAGAGGGGUGAGUGACAAAAUUGCGAGCCAUGUCGAAUGUGGAUGUCUUGGAAAGAAAAAAGAAGAAAAAUAUGUUCUGUAAAAGUUCCAUGUGGCUGAGAAAAAUUGGGCAUUCUUGUAAGUUAUAGGUUGUGCCGAACCAUUGCAGAAAUCCUUUUUAGAAACUGUAUUUGAGGGGCAUGCCUGUAUGCUUGUAUCCCGAACCAAACUUCCGGUAACUUCUCUUUUUAACGGUUA